AUUUGUUUGGCAUUCAGUCGCUGGCUCCCCACUCGAAAGCAACUAAAUUUACCUUAUAAUUUAAUUUUACUUCUCUCCCCCACACACACACAUACACCACUCAAAACUCAAUCGCUAUGAACUCCUUCUCAGUGUUCUUAGUGUUUGCGCUCGCUGCUCUGGCUGCAGCUGAGCCGCCAUCGGGCUACAAUUAUCCACGCGGUGGUGGCGGUGGAGGCGGCGGUGGCUUCGGCGGUGGCUUCGGCGGCGGCUUUGGUGGCGGCUCCUCGUUCGGCGGUGGCGGCGGUGGUGGCGGUGGAUUCCAGGCCGUCAGCGGAGGCUUCCAGACAUCCGAGGGACAGAAUGUUGAUCCACAGCUGCUGGAGCAGGUGCGUCAGAUUCUGUUGAACGAGGAGAGCAAAUUGGGCGGCGGUGGUGGCGGCGGCGGUGGUGGCGGCGGCGGCGGUGGUGGUGGUGGCUACCCAAGUGGACCAUCAACCAGCUAUGGCCCACCAUCGACCAGCUACGGAGCGCCCGGCGGCGGCAACGGCGGUGGCCGUGUGGUUGGCAUCGAUCUUGAGGGCGUCCGUCAGGCCAUCCAGGUGGCUCAGUUCGCACAGCAGAGCACGCAGGCCGGCGGCGGCGGCGGUGGCUAUCCCAGUGGUCCUCCAUCUGGUUCGUAUGGUGCUCCGUCCAGGCCCAGCGGCAGCUAUGGUGCGCCUUUCUAAGCACAUUCCACAAACAUUCAAACACAAUUUUUGCUGCCAAAAAUGAAAAACGACGGAAAGGACGACAUUAAUUGACUCAGCCGGACCUAACGACAUCAACAACAACAAUAACAACAACAACAUUAACUGAAAUGAAAGAAGAAUUUAAGGAAGUAUGGGUUUUAACAACAGCCAAAACUUGAAACUUCGUGCGAGCCACGCCCACGCCCUAAGCUCCUCCC